ACUUCAUAUCAGCUCUUAGUCAGUUGGACAACAACAACUAACAGGGACAUAAUAACAGGCAGCUCUACAACAACUUCACUUCAGUGGUGCUCGUGCCAGUUUGAGUCCUUACCUUAGUGUGCGCGCGCCCGUUGAGUUUCUCUCCAAACAGGUUUGACGAGGAGGACACACCUGCAGGGACAAAAAGGACGCCUUGUGUGCCCGGACGCCAUUCUUUACUCCAUCUUUGACCUCUGAGGACGACAGACGGAUAGAAAACCGACGAGGAAAACUUUUUUUAAUCACUUACUUGACUUUUAAUUAAUCUCAUCAUGAAAAUGUGGAUUGCUCUCCUUCUGGCUGCUUUCGCGGCGUCUGCCUCAGCUCAAAGCUGCUCCUGUGAUACUAUGAAAUGGGCAACCUGUGACGGAAAUCCAUGUCAGUGCACCCUUCUAAUCGGCAGCAACAAUAAACAAGCGCUCGACUGCAACAAGUUGAUCCCUAAGUGCUACCUGAUGAAGGCUGAGAUGUACAGAAAAUUGAAGGGCCUGGACACCCGAACAAUAGGAGGAAAGCCAAUGGAGACCGCCUUUGUGGACAACGAUGGCAUCUACGACCCGGAGUGUGAGAACAACGGCAAGUUCAAGGCCAAGCAGUGCAACAACACUGAGGAGUGCUGGUGUGUUAACAGCGCCGGCGUUCGACGAACUGACAAGGGAGACAAGAGUCUCAAGUGUGAGAAGCUGGUGGAGACCUACUUUGUUCGUCUUCAGCUGACACACAAACCUGUGACAACUCCAGUGGAUGCCAAGAACUUGAAGGCUGCCAUUGCGGAUGCUAUUCACAAACGGUAUGACAACUUCAACAAGGACAUGGUGAAGAAUGUUGAGUAUGACGCUGAUUCCCGCAUGAUUGUGGUGGAUGUGGAGAAGCCAAAGGGUGAACGCAAGACUGACCUCACCAACAUGGCCUACUACAUGGAGAAAGACGUGAAGGUGCUGCCCCUGUUCAAAGACCAGGAGAAGUUUCAGCCCACAAUUGGCAAUCAGAAGCUGGAAAUGGACAGCAUCCUGGUGUACUAUGUGGACGAGGAGGCCCCAACGUUCACCAUGAAGAACCUGUCCGGGGGCAUCAUCGCUGUCAUCGUGGUGGUGGUGCUGGCUGUGGUUGCAGGCCUGCUGGUCCUGUUCUUCGCCAGGAAGCGAAGUCAGAGGUACAACAAAGCUCAGCAAAGAGAAAUGGAAGCCAUGUAAAGUCUUCAUCACUGCGGGAACCUAUGAAGAGUCAGCUUGUACAUCAUCUUUUGGAUUAACUUUUUUUGCAGUGGGAGUGUGCCAUUUUUUUUACAAUUUUACUUGAGGAAAACAGAUUGUAAAGGAUCAACUUGCUUUUUUCUUUUUUUUUUCUAAUGAUGAUGGCACUAGUGGUACCGCCAUUUAUUUAUAAAUUGUGUAAAGUCUAUAACGUCCAAUCUAUAUGCCAUAAAGAACUGUGCUUUUUAAAAACAUGCCCGGCACAUGCCACAUUUUAUUGUCAGAACUUGUUAUUAAAUUCCACGUCAUAGGUUGUACAGUUUCUUUCGUACUUGUAUGUAUGUUUGUUGGAUUGUUUUUAAUAAAAAUAUGUUUUAAAAGACAA